AUGUCCGUCUUUGAAGAACAGUCGCCGUUACUCCCCAAUUUCGACGAUGGGACGCGAACGAAGCAGACUUUACUCGUCGUCGAGAAGAACAAGAACACCGGGAAGAGACGGUACGAUUCUUUCCCGUCUCGGGGGUUGAUGAUUGGAGCGACCGCGUUACUCUUCGGUGGAGCUGCCUUGGUGUCCUCUUCUUCGAGUAAAAGCAAUGGUGUUGGGAGGACGUCUUUCCUCCUCUCUUCUUCUGCCGCGUCUUCGAAAGGGGGGAAGAAAGCGUCGUCGGGGUCGUUUUUGUCCUCGGGAUCCUCCAAUGCUGUCUCGUUGGGCGGCGGAGUUGAUUCGUCGGAACUGGUGACGCUGACGUUAGGGUGCACGUCCUCCUCGACGCUCGGUUUGCUUCCGUUCCCGAACGGCGGUUUCGUCGGUAAAGUCGGCGCCAAGUUAUCCUUGAAGUCGAAAGACCAUAACUUUGCGUUCCAACACGCGGUGGAUAUGGCGGAAGUCGGGUGCGGGACGUACUCGGUCGCGUACAAACUGGAAGAAGGCGAACAGUUUGGGUUUUAUUUGUACGACGUGAAAAACGAGACGAAUUAUUUGUCCGAUAUUGGCGCGCAAGCUAUCGAAGGUGGACCGAUUUCGGAGGCGGCGAGGAACGCCGCCGUGUGGGGCGCCGAAAGUGAGUUGGCCACGGAAGAAAACGCCAGCGAUAAGAAGAGGUUGGAAGAUGGCAUCGAUAACAUCGCGAGCCAGCAGGCGGUGAAAACGAACGCCGCGGCGGUGGCGUACGCCGGGAAGCACGGGUUCAUCGACGCGGACGGGAACUUUGUGACGCCGCCAACGACGGAAAACGCAAAGGCUUUUGAAGACGCGCAAACUCAAGGCUGGUGGCCGGAGUUUUCGAGCACCACGGAUUCAGAGACCGGGGUGACGAGCAUGAACUACGUCGAUUUAGGAGCGUGGUUAAAAUGGUUAGUCCACGGUAACGGUUACACGUCGACAGACAUUGAAUGCGACGCCGCCGCGCAGACGUGCACGUUGCAAAAAUGCGAAGGGUGGGAGUGCACGGAUUACACGAUGCCGUGCACGGAAGGCGGGAGAGGAUGUCAAACCGCGGAAGAUUUUACGAGCGAGGUUGCGAGUUUAGGCGGUAAGGAAGUCACCGUGAGAAAAUACGCUAAAAAAGACCAGCAAAAUAAGAAACAAAAACAAGAAAACGAAUCGAAACAGAAACAAGGACGGAGCUUGUUGUGGAAGCAGAUGCCUUCUUCGACGAGAGCGGUUCCAUCGCUUGGUCUCGGUAAGGCUUACCCGAGAACGAAAGAUGGAUCCAACGCCGGUAACGUGUACUUGUUUGGUCAGUGCUACAACAUGAGAGAUACGAGCACGUGCGAAGUGCCGACGGAUCACCACCCGGCCGGGUGCCCGGCGGCACCGGGCGCGGCGCCGAAUACGGCGCCGAACGUGGCGCAGCAACACGCCAACGAGCACGUUUCCCCGACGACAGCGGCGAAAGCCGCGGCGGCUACUCCCACGUCUACCACCACCACGAGCGGCAACAACAACGCGGCUUCUGCUACUUCCGCGUCGACCAACGCGGCAGCAGCAACGCCGACGUCUACAACUACUACGCCCAAGAACCCGCUCACGGACAGUAACAUCCACGCCGCCGUCGCGGCGUGUCUCGCCGUCGACCCGGUCGCCGGUAACUGCCCGGACGGAGAGUGGGGUAAAAUGAACACCUGGGACACGAAGAAAGUCACCAACAUGGACAAGUUAUUCUACGACCCGCCUUUAGCGGACAGCAACGACCGACUUUCCUCGUUCAACGGCCUCAUUGGCGAAUGGGACGUUUCCUCGGUCACGUCCAUGUCGCAAAUGUUCAAAGACGCGGAUGCGUUCACCGGUAAAAACUUUUACAAGUGGGACACGUCCAAAGUUCAAGAUAUGUCCGGCAUGUUCGAACACGCGACGUUGUUCAACGCCAAAAUCGGCGGUUGGGACGUCUCGAGCGUCAAGAAAAUGAACACCAUGUUCCAGAACGCUUUUUCUUUCAACCAAGACUUGUCCACCUGGGACGUCAGCUCUUGCACCGAUUUCUCCCGCAUGUUCGCCGGUGUUUUAGACAAAGGCAUGGACAACGACAUCUCUAUGUGGAACGUCCAAGACGGCGCUCGCGAGAACAACGUCACCUACGAGUCCUACGCCUUCCAAGCCAAAUUCACGUGCGACUCCGUGGACGACGGACCGAUCAACUCGUGCAAACCAAAAUCGAGCUCCGAACGAGCCGCGUCGGCAAAGUUAGCCAAAGCCAAGGGCGCGACCAUUUCCCGCGAGGAAGCCACUCGCGAGGCUAGAGAGUUUCAAGCGUCGCUCGUCGCCAAGGAGAAGCGUUGGUUGAAGCCGUCCACCUGGUUCGCUUCCAAGGACUAA